GAUCCGUCGUAACUCUUCUUUCAUCUUUCUAGUUUCUUGUUUAUUAAAUAUAUAUAGCAAACAUAAUAUUUUCAAAAUUCAUAUCAUACUGAAAAUUGUGAAAUAAGAACUAUACUUUGUACUAAGAUCUCAGAGUUCAAUAAAACGUUAAAAUGGGUGAGGAGGAUGAAUACGCCUGUGUAAAUAAAGCUCAGCUUAAAAUCAAAGAUAAUUCGGGAAUUAAGAAAAAGAAGAAGAAGAAGAAAGCCAACAAGGAUAUAGAAAAAGCUAUUGAACACGAGGUCAAACAACAACAACAACAACAAGUAAAACAAACUGAAGAACAGAAAAGAACUAAAGCAGAACUAGCUUUUCAGAAAAUGCAGGAAAAAAUGCAAAAGCAGAGGAUUCAACAAAAAGCAGAGAUGACACACAAGCAGAGGGUUGAAAGAUUCAAUCAGCACUUGGACAGCCUCACAGAGCACUUUGAUAUACCUAAAGUAUCUUGGACAAAAUAAAGCUAUACAGAUUGUA